CAGCUUUGUUUUGUGUGAAGGAAUGAAUCCCAGAGAGUCUGUACCUAAGUCAGACAGGAGGAGGCUUAGGAUUCAGGAAUAAUUUACUUGCAAAACAAAAUGGAGUAGAUAUGGCCCAAAACACGACUCAAGUUUUGGGCUCUGGAGAUACGAUGAACAAGGAGGAAAAUCGAAAGGUGGCUCUCAUCACCGGCAUCACUGGGCAGGACGGUUCCUACCUCGCUGAGUUCCUCAUUGCAAAAGGCUACAUAGUUCAUGGUAUUCUACGUCGCUCCAGCUCCUUUAACACUGGUCGCAUUGAGCACCUCUACCAGAACCGGUGUGCACACACAGCAGGACGUAUGAAACUACAUUAUGGUGACUUGACUGACAGCACAUGUCUGGUGAAGAUCAUCAAUGAAGUAAAGCCCACAGAGAUCUACAACCUGGGGGCUCAGAGUCACGUCAAGAUCUCCUUCGACCUGGCCGAGUACACCGCAGAUGUAGACGGAGUAGGAACGCUUCGCCUGCUGGACGCAAUUAAGACUUGUGGUCUAAUCAGCUCUGUCAAAUUCUACCAGGCCUCUACCAGUGAACUUUAUGGAAAGGUCCAGGAAAUCCCACAGAAGGAAACCACUCCCUUCUAUCCUCGCUCACCCUAUGGUGCUGCAAAGCUUUAUGCCUACUGGAUCGUGAUAAACUUCAGAGAGGCCUACAACUUAUUUGCUGUCAAUGGUAUCCUCUUUAAUCACGAAAGCCCAAGAAGAGGUUCAAAUUUUGUAACACGUAAGAUCACUCGUUCUGUGGCGAAAAUACAUCUGGGCCAAAUCGAAAACUUCAGUCUGGGCUUCUUGGACUCUAAAAGGGACUGGGGCCACGCGUUGGACUAUGUUGAGGCCAUGUGGUUGAUGCUGCAGCAGGAAGAGCCUGACGAUUUCAUUAUAGCAACAGGAGAGGUUCAUAGUGUGAGGGAGUUUGUAGAGAAGGCCUUCAAACACGUGGGAAAGACUAUUGUGUGGGAAGGAAAGAACGUGGAUGAGGUUGGACGCUGCAAAGAAACUGGGGUGGUACAUGUAAAAGUGGAUCCUAAAUACUUCCGUCCAACCGAGGUGGAGUACCUACAAGGUGAUAGCACCAAAGCAAGUCAGAAGCUAGGUUGGAAACCAAAGGUGGCUUUUGAGGAUCUGGUGAAGGAGAUGGUGGACGCCGACGUUGAACUGAUGAAGAAUAACCCAAAUGCCUGAGUCUGAAGCUGAAGACCGUCCAGCCUGGAACCAUUCUAACACUCCAGUAAAUGAAGGAGCAUAAUGCUGUUGAACAUUUCUUGAUAAAUUAUUUGUCUUCACAUAGCGGUAAAAAAUCUUCAAUGUAAACUAUGUAUUUUGUUUGAUUUGUUUUUCCUCAUCAACCUGUCAAUGAUUUUAUUUUACCAUCACACAGCAUAGCAGUCUCACAUUCCAUUAAAAUAUAAUGUUAGGGGAGAAGUAAUUGUUUUGUAUUUUUUUUACGUUUUAGAAGGUGAAAAUAAAGUGGCUAUUUUAUAUACUUUAUAUUCUGAGAUUAUAUCCAUGGGUCAAAUAUUGAUUUAAAUUUGUACUUGGCGAAAUAAACUCCAAGCUUUGAAGAAAU